CUUGAGAACGCUGAGUAUCCUCCAAGCUGUGAUCCACUCCCUCUGUUGACUCUCCUCCGGUGGACAAAUAGACUAUUGAAAAAUGGCACCUAAGAAGGACGCAAAGAAGCCCGAUCCCCCAAAGAAGGCAGAGGCCGCACCUGCUCCAGCGCCCGAGCCCGAAGCCCCACCUAAACCCGCCGCAGUAGAUCUGUCUGCCGUGAAGGUUGAUUUCAGCCAGGACCAGAUGGAAGAUUACAAGGAGGCUUUUGGACUUUUCGACAGAGUUGGUGACAACAAGGUGGCCUACAACCAGAUUGCUGAUAUUAUGCGUGCAUUGGGACAGAACCCAACAAACAAAGAGGUGGCAAAUAUCCUGGGCAACCCCAGUAUUGAUGACAUGGCAAACAAGAGAGUCGACUUCGAGGGUUUCCUGCCCAUGCUGCAGUUUGUGAUCAACAGCCCAAACAAGGCAUCGUUUGAGGACUAUGUUGAGGGUCUGCGUGUAUUUGAUAAGGAAGGCAACGGAACAGUAAUGGGUGCUGAGCUGCGUAUUGUCUUGUCAACACUGGGUGAGAAAAUGAAUGAAGCCGAGAUUGAUGCUCUCAUGAUAGGCCAGGAGGAUGAAAAUGGCAGUGUGAACUUUGAGGCUUUCAUCAAACACAUCAUGUCUGUUUAAGAAGAGUUUUGAGGAAACUGAAGCAUUUCUCCAGAUUCCAUGAUGACAGGACAUCCACGCAAUGUUUCCAACACCAACUCAGACAUGGAUAAAAGGAGUAUUGAAUGUCAGUCAUAAACAUUUCUUUAGUUUUUUUUUUGUUAUUCCUAUUUUUUGUCCACUUGAAUCCUAUUUAUUUUGUUAAUUCUUGGAAGUCAUUUAUAUUUUUCAAGCAAAGGCGUUUUGUUUUUGUUCGAGCUGGGAUAAGCAUCUCCAUAGCAGAACAUUUGUGAGGGAUGGUGUGUUAGUUGGAGGCAUCAUAACUACACAUAAAAAACAGAAAUCCCCCCACUUGAUCCCUCACUGCCUGGAUCGCAAAUUUAAAGGUGCUAAAUCUACUGCCAUAAAUGGACUGGCUGCAUAUCUUAAUAAAUUAAGACUAAAUUAAGACUCUAGGGGAAAGGGGUAAGGAAGACCCCUUUCCCUAGAGCCUUAAUUUAUUUUUUGCCUCUGUCAAUUCUCAUAAUAAACUUUUCACAAAGUGCCAAC